UUUCACUCGCGCGGCGUUCCAUGUCAAUGUCACCUCCGAGCCUGCAGGUGUCGACGCUUCUGCUCGCGUGCUGCACUCUGGAUCGUUUUCCGGUUGCCUUUCUGAUUCCGUCGCCAUUUUCUAGCAGAUCUCCGAGGGGAAGGAGGUGAGUGUUGAGUGAAGCAUUUGAAAAUGAGUGGAUGUCGAGUGUUCAUCGGUCGGCUGAGCCCCCACGCCAGAGAGAGGGAUGUAGAGAAGUUUUUCAGAGGAUUUGGGCACAUUCGGGAGAUCAAUCUAAAAAACGGCUUUGGCUUUGUGGAGUUUGAUGACCACAGAGAUGCUGAUGAUGCAGUCUAUGAACUGAAUGGGAAAGAACUGUGCAAUGAAAGGGUCACAAUAGAGCAUGCCCGCUCUCCCAGAGGGAGAGGAGGUGGAGGUGGUGGUGGAAGGUUCUCUCCGCGGUUCAGCAGCUAUCGUCGAACUCGCGGCUCAAUGUAUGGUCCUCCUGUGCGCACAGAGCACAGAAUCAUUGUUGAGAACCUCUCGUCCCGGAUAAGUUGGCAGGAUCUGAAGGAUAUGAUGAGGAAGGUUGGUGAAGUCACAUUUGUGGAUGCACACACAUCCAACAAGAAUGAAGGAGUGGUGGAAUUUGCUUCACGCCGCGAUAUGAAGAACGCCAUUGAUAAACUAGAUGGGACUGAGCUUAACGGACGCAAACUCAAACUGACUGAAGAUCGCAAGAGGAACAGAAGCCGCUCCCGCUCCAGGAGCUACACCAGGUCUCGCAGUCGUUCCCGAUCCAGGAGCCGUUCCAAAUCCCCGAGCAGGAGCCGAAGCAGGAAACGCAGCCGUACCAGGUCCCGCUCGCUCAGCCGCAGCCCAGAGAGGAAGCCCCUUCUCCGGGCAGCCCCGCGCUCCCCCUCCCGCUCCAAGUCUCGAUCCCACUCUCGCUCCCCCUCCCGCUCUCGCUCCAAGUCUCGAUCCCACUCCCGAUCCCCUCCAGUGCAGAAGAGGCAGUCCAGAUCCAGGUCCCCCUCGGCUGAGAGCCAGCACUGAGAGCUGUUUUCCUGCCUGCACCAGCUGUAUCUGUAGAUGUGAUUAUGGGUCUCGUGUCUGGGUAGAAUUGCAGACCGGUCUGUUAAAGCAGCUGCUGAUGUGAUUUAUUUUCGGUUGCAUAAUAGAAAGCCACAGUAGAUGCUCUUUACACAAACUGUGCAUAACUUUUUUUUUUAUUUUUUAUGAUAUAUUUUAAUUAGAAAACUACAGUUAUCCAUCCAUAAUGUUUGGAUCUCUUCAACACCCGCACUCUGCAGCCUGUAUGAGAUUGCAACAGCCAAUGUUACCUAAAGAGGUGUGUGUUUUUUUUUGUUUGGUUUUUUUUUAAAUAAAAUUUCCGCACCUUCAUAAUUUUUCCAUUCUUUUAAUUUAGUUUCAUACAUUCUAUGACUUACUUGACACCCCCUUAAGUGAGUUAUUGGUGUUUUAACAUAAGCUGUCCACUUUUUUUUUUCCCAGGCUGUGUUUUUGUUCUACUAACCCAGUGGUUGUCAACCUUUUUUUUUCGCCCAAUAAAUAAAACUGUACCCCUUUUGUCUGUCUUUACAGUUUUUGCUCUAUUGAAUGGUACCACAGUUGCAAUAAAAGGCAGAAUAACCUGAUUAACA